UUUAAUUUACUAUUUAUCCGCACAUCACAUAAGCCCCCACUCCCCCCAAUUUCACCAAAACACUCUCUCUCACUCACAGCAGCCUCGCCGGAGUCGGACACCCGCGGCGGUGGUUAUUCCAUCAGUGCCUGCAGGUUUGCCUAAUGCAUUUUCAUGCCGAGAAAUCUCUUGCACGUUGAUUCUACUCCAGACUUCAAACCAUCUUUCUCUGCUUAUUUAAGUUGAUCAUGGCAGAAAUGGCGAGCUUCUGUGAUUUGUCAAAUGAAAUAGUAGAGAAUAUCAUGUUGUGGGUACCUGCUGAUUCUCUGGUGCAAUUUAAACGUGUGAACAAGUUUUGGUAUUCCCUUAUCUCGGAUUUCAUCAAUGACCCAACAUUUGUUGCCAAACACCUCCUCAUUACCAAAGACCAGUCCUCUGCAUCUGUACUUUCCAUACAGCCUUCCCCCCACGUUGAUCAUCGGUUAAUCACAUACCCAUUGUUGACUAUAAUCUAUGAUGAUGACGAUCGUAAGAAUGAUCAUUUUAUAACUGUCACAGAAGCUCUGAGCAUGCCACUUAUUCGUAAUGAAAGGUGCAAGGAUAAUAAUCGAUUGAAUGAGGUUUAUCACUGUGAUGGACUCAUUUUGCUAGUAAAUGAUGUUGGGACAAUGGUGUUAUGUAAUCCUGCUUUGAAACAAUCUAUGAUUCUCCCACAACCAAAGAACGCUAUAUUUAAAGGGGCUCCUUCCUGUAUGGGUUUUGAAUUUGAUUCUAGAAACAACAAUUACAAAUGUGUUGCCAUUUGGUGCGAUGGCGAAUGCAAAGUUGAGGUAUACACAGUUGGUUCCGAUUCUUGGAGAGAGACCGACAUGUCUCAAGACAUAACGGAUUCUAUAGUGGAUACUGAACUAAACGAGGGUUUAUAUUGGAGAGGAGUUUGUUACUGGUUGGUGAGGUAUGUUGACGAAGAAGAAGCAUUUGUCCUCCUCAGUUUUAAUAUGAGUAAUGAGGAAUUCCAUCUCAUAGAUUUGCCAGAUGUUGAAGCUUCGGUCCACGACCUUAUUCAUGAAGAUGAUGACAUUGGUUUUUAUUCUCUCCACCUUUCACUGUGGAAUGAUUCAGUUGUGAUGUGUUUGAGCCCCGAAAGGUAUAACAUCCUUCAUAUCUUCACGAUGGAUGAAGCAGGUGCUUUUUCUUGGACCAAAUGUGUGCAGGUUGGACCACUAGAAAAUGAGUGCGAUCAGUUACCGUUUUGGAAGAAUGAUGAGAUUUUAUUGAAAGUCAGGAAUAUUGAACUUGUCAACCUUGACCAACACCACUCCAUCAGAUGUAAGCAAGUAGUACAGUUGGUAUCUUACAACAUUCGUACCCAAAAGUUAAGAGAUGUUGCUUGUGAUCUUGAUAGAAAUGUAUUAAAUUCUUCGGUUUGUUUCUAUGUAAAGAGUCUGAUUUCUAUUAAGAGGAGGUGAAGUUCUAUUCAAUUAAAAAGGAGCCCAAAGCUGUGGAAGUGAUUGAAAGUGGUAAUGGCUUCUUACUAUCUUAUAUCUUUCUUCAUAUCCUGGAGUGCUUAAACAUUUGUUGUUUUGGAGAGUGAUCUCCACAUGUCACAAGGCUUAUGUAUUCAGUUGAUUUACUUGUGUCUUCGAAAAGAGCUGUGAUGGUUCUUGGGCCAUUGACUCGAUCAAAAGUGACUAUAUUUUUCAUAACAAAAUUAUAUUCAUAUUACCAUAAUAACAAGAACGAUUAGAGUCAGCCACCAGCUUGUUGACAUGCUCAAAUAAAUAACAGUUUCAAAAAGGGCAAGGACACUGUGAGUGGGAGAGUAAUUCAGAAGUGAAGCACUAAUGCUCACACCCUUUUCCAUCCUUUUAAUGAAGAUAAAUAUUGUAAUGGAUUAAAAUCCUAUUUAAUGGGUACAUAUAUAUAAUGUAUAAUGCUAUUAUAAAGUGUGAUAUAAAAUUAAGAGACCAAUUAUGUUAUAAAUAUCAUAAAGUAUUAAAGUGUUGUGGA